AUGCGGCGAGGGUACAUCUGGGACCACGACGCGUUGGGUAACCUGGACGAGCAGGAGAUUAACGACGAGACGCAGAAAGUUCAGGCGUGCGCGAUGCUGUGCGCCGCCACGCCGGAGUGCUUCAUCUGGCAACUGAGAGUCGUGGAGGAAGGAGCUUUUUGUCGCAUGUGGCGGGAGGAGCAGAGCCCGUGUCUAGCAGACCCUACAGACGGCACCAACCCCAUCCACUACAACCCCACGCCCCCCUGGAAGGGCGUGUUCGGCUUCGGGGGCGGGUGCAACCGCAGCAAGCGGGGUCGCGGCACUGAGAGCACAGCAGCAGGGCAGGGAGGCGCCGGGGGGAAUGUUACAGUGGUGGCAGGAGGGACGGGAGGGAAUGGGAGUGUGGCGAAUGGGGGGAGGGAUGGGCGGACGCGGCAGCAAGGGUAUGAGGGGAAGCAGCAGGAGCUGGAAGCGCAGCAGCUGGUGCCGCAGGCGCACGCGCAGGGGGCAGGAGGAAGGCUACCAAUGUUGACAGUGGAAGGAACGGCUGGGGUGAAAACAGACCCCAACGCCACAGCUGCAUGCCCUGAUCUCAUGUGCAAUGUGGCCAUCAAAGGUAUCUUCUUUGACCAUGAGGGGAAGGGCCAUUUGGGGGAGAACACAACUGGCCCGGCCAACCGUGCCCACAGCUGCUGGAUCAUCUGCCGGAAAACCGAGGGUUGUGCGUUUUGGAGUUAUCAUCGGGAGAAGCCAGAAGGUCGUUGUACAAUGUGGAGCGAGCAGCAAGACCCCUGCAAGCCUGCAGACCCCAGUGACCCUACAACUGCACGCUACCGGCCCUGGCCAGAUAGAGAAUACCUUGUUGGCGGGCACUGUAAAGGUGGGGCCACGCCUUUUGGUCAUGUAUCUCCCUUUCCUUCCACGUCACCGCUCCUUUCCACGUCACCGUUCCCCUCCACGCCUCCAUCCGCAGCAUCCAGCCCGUCGCUGCUCGCGCGCGAGACGUCCUUCGAUUCGGAGUCGCCGUUAAUGAAGCGACCCUGUGCGCGUAAUAUCAGCGGGUCGCAUCGCGCAUCGCCUAGUACUGCCUUCCCAGACAGUCGCGCACUCGCUAUUGGCAGCGGUUGCGACACGCCCCCUGUUCUCGAGCUCGAAAGAGACGGUGAGGAAGACGACGGCAUUCCCUCGCCGCAUCCGAAGCUAGCAAUUCCCAGGGGUGGGGCGCACUGCUACCGCAAUCGCCGUUUCAAGGGCGUGCGACAGCGAAAAUGGGGCAAGUGGGUAACCGAGAUUCGCGACCCUCGCACGAAGAUUCGCGUGUGGCUGGGAUCGUACGAAACCGCGGAGGAAGCAGCGCGAGUGUAUGAUAUGGCGGCGCGGAUCAUAGGGGGAGGGCGCGGAGGCGCCGCCUGCGGAAAGCUCAACUUCCCUGACGAGGCGCAUCCCGUCGCCGUUCCGCGCGCCAUUGCGGAAGCGCUGCUCCGAACGGUCCGCGAAAGCAGAGCCCUGUGCGCCGCAGAUAUCGCAGGGGGCGAGAGCCUCGUCGUUGCAGGCGACGCGCACGACGCGGGCGACGCGCGCGACGGCGCGUGCGACCUGCCUGCGAGCUUCUCAAGCGACGUGGUUCGUCUAGAGGCUGUGGGCGACAGCGUGGUUGUGGCGGAGUGCCCCCCUGCGGCGUCAGUGGCGCCGCUUGGAAUGAUCUCCGUUGUGAAGGAGGAGGCGCAGACGAUCCCAUACCUGGACAACAAAAUGCUACUUGACCUGAAGCCGAGCGUUGCUGAGAAGCCACGUGGUGCUGAGAGGCCACGUGCCUCCAUGGGCCAAUCCACCCCUUGGGAACUGUCAAUUCCUGUGCACCCAACGGCCGGAGGGGAUAUUGCAGAGCCCGAGUCUCCCAGAAGCCCUUCCAGCAGCAGCAGCAGCGCCAGCGAUUUGUCGUCUGCCGGACACUCCAUCUCUGCCGAAACCUCUGAUGUACUGGAUGGGGAUCAUCGCCAGGUCUCCACACAGCCGACAGAUGAGAGCCACAGCCUCCCAGCCAGUGCUGAUUCUGUGCUGGCGUGCCAGGCGCAGGUGGACAUGCUGACAGACAUCAUGAACCUGCUUGAUGAGCACUUGCCGGCCAGGCUCACUUCUCUGACGGAUUCCGGCAGAUCUGACGGCCAGCUAGACAGCACGCCUGUGGGGGGUGCUGCUGCGCAGGAGGCUAUUCUCUGGGCUCUGGCACGUUCUCAGGGUGCUGCAGCCGGGCGGCAAUCCCAAGGGGUUGGUGCACCUGAGGUUGUGGAUUCCCAUGCUGGGUUGUUGGCACGGGAGGUGUGUGAGGGAGAGGCGGAGCUGGUGAAUGUGUCGCCAUGGGGGUUAUCGCCAGCAGCAGUUGGGUUUGACCUCUGGAGCUGA